AAUUAAGACGUCAGGACAUUACGUUAUUCCCUUCUACCGUAAUUUCCUCCCUAGCUAACGUAGCCGGCUUGAUGACGUCUCCUUGGUUCUCAUCAGCAUUCUCCAACAGAUACCUUUUCUUCUUGUUUGAGUGGUUGCGUAAUUGCCCGUAGGAAACUGUUGUACAAUUCAUAGUAUGUGUAGAAUUCAUAAUUCCAUGAGGAAAUCCUACUCCCAAAAGGAAUAGAUUUCCUUGGACCAAAUAACUCUCCCAUAAAUACCCGCAGUAAUACUCGUACUCUUGCGCAAAACACAAGUUCUCAAUCUUCUCUUUUUGCUGAUUCAACUCUCUCUCUCUCUCUCUCUCACUCACUCUAGAUUUCUAUACUCACUCUGCUUGUUAGUCUCGAACCGACUGAAACAAUGUCGAGCUCCAAGAAGAUCACUCUAGUGAGUUCUGAUGGAGAGGUGUUUGAGGUGGAGGAGGCGGUGGUGAUGGAGGCAGCGGCCAUAAAGCGCAUGAUUGAAGACGAUUGCGCUGAUGGAAAAAUCCCUCUGCCCAACGUGAAGAGCAAGACUCUGUCCAAGAUACUUGAGUACUGCAUGAAGCACGCGGAAGACAAGGAUGCCGCUGGAAAUCUCAAAUCCUUCGACUCAGACUUCAUGAAGGUAGACACGAACACUCUGUAUGAUCUACUUAUGGCAGCAAACUAUCUGGAGAUCAAGAAGUUGCUUGGUUUGUGCUGCCAAACCGUAACAGACAUGAUCAAGGGGAAGACUCCUGAACAAAUUCGUGAGACAUUCAACAUCAAGAACGACUUUUCUGCCGAGGAAGAAGACGAAAUUAGGAAUCAAAACAAAUGGGCUUUUGAAUGACAGGGAAAAAUAUUGUAAUGCCUUUUAGUCUUUAUUUUCAGUAGUUAUGCAGUAACUUCUCUUUUUAACUGCCGUCUUAAGCUAAAUUGGGCCGUUUAAAAGCCCAUUAGACUAUUGCUUAAACCAACUAAAAUUUGUUCCUUUGAAACAAUCUGCGUGUACUUAAACAUCUAGCCUUUCAAUCAAUUAGAGUGGUAACAUACUAA